GUUGUGAAAAGCCUUCAUUCAUAUAUUCGCUUUUACAAACAGUGCUCAGAUCAACAAGACAGUUUUUUUAUUGGUAAAUUUUUGUGUAACAGCUUAGCGAAAAAUUGUUAGUUUCAGCGUUUUUUUCGGCCUCAUUUAAUGCUGCCCAAAUGGGCAACGUUGCAGUGGACACACAUUCAACGGUAUGCGUAUCGGUGGAUUAGUGGUUAACUUGAAGGCGACAAUUCUUUUUUUUUGUGCGAAUCAAAGUGAGGAGUUAAUCGGCACUGCUGUUGAUUGCACGCUCGAGGGCCAUUUAGUGGGAGGAGGAGAUAUACAGUACAAACCCUCCCUUGCAGGAUUGCACUUCAGCAGAUCUAGUUAUUGAAAGUGAAAGUAUUUGCAGCGAUUGUGGAAACCAGUGAUGUUUGUCUCAAGAUGGUGUCCUCGAAUGCUAGUUGCGCUACUGUUGGCGGUGGGUGGCGGACAGCAGCCCUCGGAAGGAGCUCAUCUGUCAGGAGUGUUUCCUGUGGACGAAUUUUUUCAAUUUUUGAUUAAAUUCGGAUUCCAAAAGACGGAGAAGCAUUCGCAGAAAAAUACUGAGUCGGAUACGUUCGGGUACAUCUAUGGGAACAUCACGUCUCAGUCGAAUUUUUCGGUUCCGAUUACGUUGGCCGUGCUGGAUAAGCACAACUUUCUCGAGUACUAUGCCAAUCGAAACAAUUUCAACCGGGAUUUGGCUUGCCAACGAAUGUUCGACAAGCUGGAUAAAGUGGCUUUCAACAGUGGUUGCAAUAGAGCGGCUGAAGCAGACUAUCUGCGCAGGAUACCCUGCGAAAAGGGCAAACUCUGCGUGGAUGAAGACAGCCCCACUAAUGUGGUGUCCGGCAGCCAGUUUACAUACGUAAUUAGUGAUCCCAACGUGCCGAGAUUUUGGUACGUUUCCAUUGUGUCGUGCUAUCAGAAUGUUAGUACCUGUCAAUGGCACUAUUACGACUACCGGAAGUUCCACACGGAACCACCGCAGAUCCAGUACGACAUCCAGCUGGUCAACGGAAACCCAAACCGGCAGAGUUUAUCCUUCUUCAAUCCGCUGCUGUUUCAUUUUUCCUUCGACCAGCAAAACACGCUAGAGAUGUAUCUGAUCUUUUUCGUUAUCUAUCUGGUAAUGGUGCCAAUGCAGCUGUACGCCGUCCGGUUGCAGAAACAUCCGGUGACGCGACUGUUCACGGUUAGCCUUACUCUGGAGUUUAUCAGUGUAUGCCUGCUGUUAACCCACACCGUUCGGUACGCGAUGAACGGUGUUGGUAACGAGAGUUUGGCGAUAACCGGGGAUAUUUUCGACAUUUUUAGCAGGACAUCGUUCAUGUUAAUAUUACUGCUGUUAGCGAAAGGUUGGGCGGUCACGCGACUGCAAAUUUCCGUCAGCAGCUGGAUUUUGCUGAUGGUAAUUUGGAUUCCCUACUGUGCGAUUCAUGUACUUCUGUAUAUUUGGAAUAGGACUGAGGUCGAUAUUAUAUCCGAUAUCGAUGAGUAUCAAACGUGGCCGGGAUGGCUAGUACUGGCAUGCAGGUCGACAAUGAUGCUGUGGUUUUUGUGGGAAUUGCGAAUAACCAUGAAGUAUGAACAUUCAACGCAAAAGCUGGACUUUUUGUUGCACUUUGGCGCAUCGAGUUUAGUGUGGUUUAUCUAUUUGCCCAUCGUUGCUAUCAUUGCGGUCAAUGUGAACCCACUGUGGCGAUAUAAGCUGUUACUAGGUAUAACAAACUCAGCGGAUUGUCUAGCGUAUUGUGUAAUGAUGGGUCUUCUUUGGCCAAAUCGAGCCGGGCAGUAUCUUCUUCUGACGGCUUCCAAUUAUGGUGGUAUGGACGAACUAGACGAGUUCAACGAGGCCCCGCACGUAGUGCAUCGUGAUUCCAGCGUACUGCAUGUGGACUGCGACGAUGAUUACGUCGAUCACGAUGAUGAGAUCGAAACGCUAGUGCUGAGCACCGAUGAUCUACUGAACAAUGGACAUGCGGGCGGUGGUCUGGAUCAUAAUCACCAUCACCAUCAUCAGCAGCAGCAGCCGGGAACUGGCGCUGGAACCGGUGGCAGUAAACCUCUGGUGCUAAACGGUCGCAACCGGAACCAUCUGUAAGUAUUGCAUUGUGCUUAGGUUUUACAUUUUUCUAGCAACCAAACAACUAAUGAAAAAAAGAAACGACGAAUUUUGUACAUAUAAUAGGUAUACUAGAUAUAAUAAUUUUUAAAUCAAUUUAUCGGACUGCAAAUUUACUAAUCGAUAUUGAGAAUCUUGUGAACAGAAUUUACGUAAUAUUUUUAACUGAAAAGAGAUACGAUGAAAACAAGAAAAUGUGCCAUACUGAAGCGACUUACUUCGCGCUUCUCGCGGUUAGAUACAGGUAGACUCACACAGUUUAGGGCAAAGCGUAUAGCACAAGGCUGCAAGGCUUGUAGAGAAACGUCGGCACGCCAUUCAGUAGAGACUCUGUUUUCAUGCUCAUCCUAUUUUCUGUGUCAAUAGCCAUGGGGCAACGGGGAGCAUAGCAGAAGGGAUACCCCUCAGCUCAGCUUCCACUAGUUAAGGCAAACAGCGUGUGAUAUAGAAACGAAAAAAUAGCAAUUACACUCCCACUAAACACGAAAUACAAAGAGUAAAGAUGUUAUCUGUAUAUAGAGUUUUAUAAAAUACUUAGUGCGUGGCAGAUUUAGAGAGUUUAAUUAGAUUAUCGCUACAGAAAAGGUAGCAGCCAAAACAAUCGAGUAUUCAGGCUCCGUGUCUCUGCGAAAUAUCUCUUCUCUGUUCGUUAGUGGAGAAAGUUCCGUUGAACAAGCAGCUAGGACAUUUUUGUUUGUCUUUUGUUCGUUAAACUUGCAUUUCUUUCUAUCGAUAGCGUACAACAGUUUUAGCGAAAAAUUUCUUGAUAUAGUCCUCCGUAUUUCAGUAUAAGUCAGGUCAGGUAGAUUAAACUAAGCGAGAAAGCGAGCGAGUUACAUUCUAAAACCCAGCCAAUUGUUGAACAAAAAGCUUACCAUAACUCACAAAUGCAAUUUAAGUACCUUUAAGCGAAAAGCACACAAAAAUCCACUCAGCAAAACGUGAGAGAAGAAAACGAACAAGCAACCUAAUCAACGCUUUCAUUCCACGAUUAUUCACAAAAUGCCACUAUUUUACAGAAUCUAUGUGCAAAAACAAAGAUGCGAAGGUAGUAAUUAUUUUUAUAACGUAUGAAACUGUGCGACAGAGAGUAGUCUAUUGGAGAAAACAGAAUUUUAACCGCUUGUCAACAUUAUUAGCAAAUUCAACUCAAUCUAGAAAGUAAAGAUGAAAAUACGCUCCAUUUGAAAAGAGACGACGUAAGCUUACGCAUUGGAACGAAUGGGAUAGAUUAGCGUUGUGAUAAUUUAUAUACAAGUAAGUGAAAUUGCUUUGUGAAAAUUUGCCUGUAUAUGUGUUGAAAUACUGUAAAUAUGAGCACUGUGAACCCAGUGGGUAUCACUCAGCUCUGGCGAUGUUGUCGCAAGCAAUACGACACGCGGUGUAGCUGACUUACCAACCCCCCUCCUUUUAUAUUCCUAAGAUAGUUUCCAAUUUGGUGACAUUUUUUUACGAAACAGUACAUCGGGUGAAUUUCACCGGAGCAUACACACACACUCUACUAUCAAUAAACUAUCUGAAGCGUAA